AUGACAGACACACGAUUCGGGCUGGACGAACGGUUCUCUGGCGAGGAUGCGGCUGAGAGCUCCCAAGCUGGCGCGGCGUCUAUACGCCCACCAUCGGACGAGGAAGAUGUAGAGGCCGAAGAGGAGGAACUUGUUGAAGACGAAGCGGACCCACCGGAGGAAAAGACCGUGCAGCCUCUGACGCGAGAAGCUCUGGCAGCUGCGCAGGCAGCGGCCGCACGUACGGGUGUUGUAUACAUUUCGAGAAUUCCUCCAGGAAUGCAGCCGCCCAAGGUGAAGUUUCUCAUGCAGCAGUAUGGGGAGGUCGGCAGGGUGUAUUUGCAGCGUGAAGAUCCCAAACGAGCAUUUCUACGCAAGAAACACACAUCUACCAAGAAGGCGCACUAUACAGAGGGUUGGGUGGAAUUCAAGGAUAAGAAGACGGCACGAGCAGUCGCAGAAAUGCUUAACGCCCAGCCUAUCGGUGGAAAGAAGGGUAGUCGCUGGGCAGAAGACGUGUGGACGAUGAAAUAUCUUCCCCGCUUCAAGUGGCACAUGCUCACAGAACAAGUCGCGCAUGAGGGGGCUGUACGGGAGGCCAAACUCAGACUCGAACUUGGACAAAGCCGCACCGAACAGCGGGAUUAUCUCGCUAACGUCGAGCUUGCGCGGGUGCUCGAUAAGCGCGCACAACGAGCACAGGCUGCCGGCAAGGAUCCUUCCACUGUGCGAAAACCGAAGAAUGCCGCCAAGCGUGAACACGCGACCCUCGAUGACGGCGCUACUCCCAGAGAAAAGAAGCGUCAUAAAAAGGCCCCCGACGAAGGACAUGAGAAAGCAAACCUGGAAACAGUGCUAUCGAGUAUAUUCUAA